AUGGCUGGCGAGCGUAUGGGCCGCAGCUUCGAGACGCAGCGCCUGGUGCCUCCAGCGCACCAGGAUGCGAGAGCAUACAACGGCUACGAGGGCAGCUUUGACGGCCGCGGGGCCGCCGUCGGAGCCUUUUCGCUGCUGGGUAGCGAGCAUGCCGACUAUGGCGCUACGUUUAGCCAGAACGUGAAGGAUUCGCGACCACACUGGCAGCCUUCGGUGGCGAUCCCCGUGGUGGCGUCCACGUCCAACAAGCUCUCGAACUGGCAGACGUUCUAUCACUUACUGUCGUUUAUCACGGGCACCGGCAUGCUGUGUCUACCACUGGCCCUCGUGGAGAUCAAUUGGUACGGUGUGCUACUGCUUAUCGCGGCGGCGGCGGUUAGUGCUUACACUUCCAAGCUUCUGGUGGACGCGCUGGAGGCAGUGCGCUGGCUGAGAGGCACGAGCGUCUCGUACAGCGACCUCGGACAUGAGUGCUUCGGCGCAGCCGGUAAGCUGGUCACGAGUAUGCUGGUGCACGCGUCUUUUCUCAUUCUGUCCACGGGGUACCUGACGCUGGCGACGUGGUGUCUGGUGGAUGUACUGGGACUUCAGUACGGCACUGUCAUGCUGUUGGUGGCAGUGUGCGUGUGGUUCCAAGUACUUGUGCCCUCGCUAAAGGCGCUAGCGGUGUUUUCUGCCGUGAAUGUGGCCUUCAGCUUCUGGAUCGAGUCGGUGAUUCUGGGCGACGCCAUGUAUCCCCUCAAGCAGAUUGCACUGGAGCAUUCAGACUUCAUUUUUGUGACGCCGGACCUCUCGAACGUAUCGAUGAUGGGGAAGCUCUCGUACACGUUCUCACUGCUUCUCGGUGGACUCUUCGGUCACUCUAUCAUCCCUACAUUGUAUGACGCCAUGGCGGAUCCCAGUCAAUGCAGCUCGGUGGUGGCUCGCACGAAGUUAGGGGUUACAGCAUUAAUGUAUCUGCCCAUUUGCUGUGUCACGUAUGCCGUGUACGGCGCAACGCUGCAGGCACCGGUCUUCUUCAACAUGCGCAACGUUGUCGUGCGCAACGUGGCCAUCGUGCUGUACACUAUUCACUUGCUGCUGUCGUACACUGUCACAUUAUUUCCACUCCAGCGUGCAUUUGAGCAGUGGAUCGUGCAGCCUCCGAGUAGGAGCGGUCAUAACAGCCCAGUGGAAGCUGCCGCUGCUGCUGGAGAAUUGCCAUUCGUGACCUCCAGUCCCGCGCUUCAGAGUGACCAUGAAGGACGCUGUGGAGGCGUCGAGACUGCUGCACGCAUAUUCUGCCGCAGCAUUUUGGUACUCACCACACUUCUUUUGGGCUACUUUACGGCUCCUAGCACGAUCGAUGUCUUCGCGUGGAUGCUGGUGCCUACAGCUCUGUUGGCGCUUGUGUUGCCCUGCGUCUUUUACUGGCAUUUGUGCGGUGAGGACGCCACGCACAUGGACCGCGUCGCUUCUGUUGUUAUCAGUGUGGUUGCCAUCGUCACCGUGUGCUGGAGUCUCGCUGUGAUCGUCGAGUGUUAG